UCACUGGCAUUCGGGGAGUACGUGAGAGAAGGGAGGCCGCGUGACGAGUCCGGACGAGGCGAAACCGAAGACUUAAAUUUCCGUUUCGUUUUUUUUUUCGCAAGGAGAAGGCAACAUGACGACGGCUCACCGCCUGGUGAUCGUGCGGCACGGGGAGAGCUCCUGGAACCAGGAGAACCGCUUCUGCGGCUGGUUCGACGCCGACCUGAGCGAGAAGGGGCUGGAGGAGGCGCGGCGCGGCGCCCUGGCCAUCAAGGAGGCGGGCAUGAAGUUCGACGUCUGCUACACCUCCGUCCUCAAGCGCGCCAUCAAGACGCUGUGGACCAUCAUGGAGGGCACGGACCAGAUGUGGCUGCCCGUGGUGCGCAGCUGGCGGCUGAACGAGCGGCACUACGGCGGCCUGACGGGCCUGAACAAGGCCGAGACCGCCGCCAAGCACGGCGAGGAGCAGGUCAAGGUCUGGCGCCGCUCCUUCGACAUCCCGCCGCCGCCCAUGGAGCACGACCACCCCUACCACAAGAUCAUCAGCGAGUCGAGGCGCUAUAAGGGCCUGAAGCCCGGGGAGCUGCCCACCUGCGAGAGCCUGAAGGACACCAUCGCCCGCGCCCUGCCCUUCUGGAACGACGUCGUCGUCCCCGAGAUCAAGGCCGGCAAGAACGUCAUCAUCGCCGCCCACGGCAACAGCCUCCGCGGCAUCGUCAAGCACUUAGAAAGCAUGUCGGACGCCGCCAUCAUGGAGCUGAACCUGCCGACGGGCAUCCCCAUCGUGUACGAGCUGGAUAAGGACCUGAAGCCGGUGAAGCCCAUGCAGUUCCUGGGUGACGAGGAGACGGUGCGGAAGGCCAUGGAGGCGGUGGCCGCCCAGGGCAAGGUGAAGAAGUGAGCAGCGCCCCCUGCUGGAGCAGGAGAGACUGUACCCCCCCUUCCACACAGUUCUACCUGUUCUACUGUACCACCUGCCCCCAGCCCACCUCCAUACACCUCCACCCUCACCUGUCUGCCCAGCAUACUGCCAACAA